UUGUGUGUGUGUGUGUGUGUUAGGCAAGGGGGAGGAUAGUGGUGAAGCAUUACCACAGUGGGCAACUAUGCCAGAAAAGUACUUUAAGAGGCAAAACAUCUGAAUUGGAGUCUCAGCGCCACUCUAAGAGAGACCUGGGGUCCAAGCUGCCUGGGUUUAUUCACCUGUAUAAUAGGAUUAAAUGCGGAUUAACAGGGAUAAACACCCGCUUUCAGCUGUAAGGGAAAACGCUUUGGAAAGGGUCUUUCAGUGGUCCCCGGGCGGAGUAAGGCGAGAAGCCGCCACCUCCCCAAAUUAUCACGGGGGUGGGAGAAGCAAGGCAAGACUACCCGCUCCACGUGCGACGAUUAUAGUUGCGGCUCCGCACCCCCAAAUCCGGCGUGUAGGAAAGUCCCACCUGUCGUCAAUGAUUCGUCUGAAACAAAUGGGCGCCCAAGCCAUCCGCAUAGAUUACUGGUUAAUCCUGCUGUCAGUCUGCAGGGCCUGGUGGAGGCCUAUGGGAAAUGUAGUCCGGCCAAGCCGCAGUCUUUCUGGGGCUCGCAUUUCCGCUUCCGGUGUUUAUGGCUUUCCGAAGGUCCGGACUUGAGCUCUGGCCUCGUAGUGGGAGUGUCGUGUGGGGACUUUGCGUGCUCACAGAGAAGGUACCGCGGAGUAGGGGCCCUCCAGUGGUCGCAGGGCCUCGGCGGACAGGAGCGGCCCUCACCUCGGGCCUGGGCCCGCGCGGGCUGGGCGUGACCGGGCGGAGACCCCGGGUCCCGCGUCCCCGCGAGCAGUCCCCGGGGCAGGAUGCGCCCCUCAUGCUGGCGGCGUCCUCCUUCUCCCUGUCCACCUGGCCCGGUGGGGAUGACCCUGUUCCCAGGGCCCGCGUUUACCCCAUAAAGCUUCUAAAGAAGGUCGCCCGCGGAGCAGAGUAGCCUUCCAGUGUAAGUCACGCUCUGCGGGCCAGUCACCCGGUCCACCGUCACCGGGCUGAGCCACUGCCCAUUUCUUGCCAGCUUUGUGACCUUGGGCAAGGUCCUGGGAGUCUCUGAGCCGUGACUGCCUCAGCUUUGAGGGAGUUGAAGCCUGACUAUCUCUUAACUUUCGUUCCAACUGUAACAUCCUGUGAGUCUGUGAUCUUGUUUUCCUUGCUGUUACAUCUUGUAACCUUAACCAGGGUAAAUCUCCCUGUUUGGGAGAGAGUUAUGAUGCCAAGACUGAGGAAUCCAGAGAGGGCCCGCCCAAAUCUGAGAACCCACCCAGAGGCGAGGAGAGUUGAGAGUUGGAGCGGUUGAAUCUCUGAAGCUUAGAGCGGGCUCCACUCAGGCUCUGCUCUCCAAGGUGCUGCUACCUUGUGUGCCGUCUGCCUCUUGUACUGCAUGUACUUGGCAACACUCUGAAGACCAGUGGCUUGGGAGAAUGAGCAGUUUAUUGUCCCCGUUAUCUCCAUCAGCUCAUCCUCAUUCUUCAGUAUGGAUCAUUGGCAUUUUCUUGGCGUUAAGUAAAUCGCUAUGCAAACACAGCUUCACGCUCCUCUGCUUUCCACCCAGACCACCAGCCCUUGACCCCUACUGUCAGACUUCUGGAGCUGCCUCCCCAGUGACAGAGGGCCAGACUCCAUGGGCAUCAGGACAUGGGGAGGGAGGAACAGGAAGAUUUUUCUUCACCUCAAUCCCACUGGACUAACCCUUGUGAUUUUCACUAGAAUUCACUCUGUAAUGUAUGUCUCUGGCUCUAGAAUUUCAAGUUCUACUUAGACUCCUAUCUAAAGGUGGCUUCCCAGUGAAGUAAAGGAAGAGGUUUGAACUUCAGAUCACAGCUGCAGCGUUCGUCUCUGAUCUGAACAAUGGCUGUAGCUGUGGAUGAACAAAUCCAGACUCCUCAAGUACAAGAAGAGCUCCAAAUAGUGAAGCUGGAAGAAGAUUCCCACUGGCAGCAGGAAAUUUUCUUUCAAGGGAGUAUCCCUGAACCAGAGACCUCCUGCCAGCACUUUUGGUACUUCCACUAUCAAGAAGCAUCAGGACCCCGGGAGGCACUCCAUCAACUCCAGAAGCUCUGUCAUCAGUGGCUGAGACAGGAGAAGUGUACGAAAGAGCAGAUCCUGGAGUUGCUAGUCCUGGAACAGUUGCUGGCUGUCCUUCCCCAGGAGAUCCAGAUCUGGGUUAGACAGAAACAUCCAGAGAGUGGAGAGGAGGCAGUGGCUCUGGUGGAAGACUUGCGAAAAGAACCUGGAAGACUGGGGCUGCAGGGACAGAAGGUGCUGUCAGAGGAGAAGGAACCCUCAGGAUCGGUACUAGGUCCCCUAAACAUCCAUCUGAAGCAAGCACAGACAGAAUCCAUGUAUCUGUUCCAGGCAGUGGUGAAGAACUCACAGCCAGAACCAGAAGACCAAAUGAACCACAGCCCCAAAGUAAAACUUGGAUUCUUCCACGAGAGCGGCACCUCCAAAGGGAAGAAGAACCUUGGUCGGCAUGUUUUAGUCAGGCCUGGCCAGGUGCCCAUCUUGAGAAAAGCCAAGAUGGGGGAUGAGCUGGAGUGGCAGGGCCUGGAGGAUGAGAAGGUGGCAGGGAUGCAUUGGGGCUACGAGGAAACCAAGAUUUUCCUGGGAAUUCGCAGUGAGUCCUGGAUUCAUGAGAAGCUCUGUACGUGCCAUCGGAACCGCCAGGUGUACCGGAUUGUGGCUGAGCGGCUGCAGGAACGGGGCUUCCUGCGGACCCUGGAGCAGUGUCGCUACCGGUUCAAAAACCUUCAGACCAACUACCGCAAAGCCAGGAGCACCCACACUCCAGGCACCUGCCCCUUAUACGAUGAGAUGGAUGCCCUGAUGAGUCCCUGGACCCUGGCCAACACCUUUGAUGCCUUGGAGAUUCAUAGGUCCUCAGGGAACCUAUUUGGCGAAAAACCCAAUAUAUGCUGUGAAUGUGGAAAACAUUUCAGCCUGAGCUCACACUUAGCUGUCCACGGAUUAGCCCACACUGGAGAAAAGAAACCCUAUAAAUGUGGCCAAUGUGGGAAAAGCUUUGGCCAAAGCUCAUAUCUGGUUUGCCACCAGAGAAUCCACACGGUGGGGAAGCGCUACAAAUGCCCCAAAUGUGGGAGAGGCUUCAGUGAUCAUUCUGACCUCAUCACACACCAGAGAAUCCACACAGGAGAAAAGCCCUAUAAAUGUGGGGAGUGUCGCACAGGCUUCACGCAGAGCACAGGCCUUAUUAUGGACCAGAGAAUCCACACAGGAGAGAAACCCCGUAAGUGUAGUGAGUGUGGAAAGAGUUUCACCAACGGCUCACACUUGGGGACACACUGCUGAACGCACACUGGCGAAAAGCCCUACCAGUGCCCCGAGUGUGGGAAAACGGUCAGUAAGAGUUCCGCUCUCACCAGCCAUCAAGGAGAGAAACCCUAUGAGUGUCUGGAAUGUGGGAAACGUUUCAGUGACUGCUCAAACGUCAUUACCCACCGGCGAAUCCACACUGGAGAGACCUAUAAAUGCGGGGAACCUGGGGAGAGCUUCAAUCAGAGCUCAGGUCUUAUUACUCACCAGAGAAUCCACACGGGAGAAAAACCCUAUGGAUGUGCUGAGUGUGGGAGCCAAUUCAACAAUAGCUCACGUAUUAGUGCACGUCAGAGAGCCCACGCCGGGGAGAGACUCUAGGUGUAGGGGACCUAUCUGGAAACACUGCAGAAUCUACCCCAAACACGGGUUUGUAUGGCCCUUGAUUCUAUACCACGACACCCACAGAAGGAGAGAGAGCUCAAAUCCCAGUCCAACAGACCGUAUUUUGUUUCUCUCACUCUACCCGCUGGGCUUAUGAAAUACCACUCAAGGCUUUCCUGUCCAUGCUGUUAAAAUGGAAGCUGAUUUCCAGAGGUUUCAGAGACUAGUUCUGAAUCUGACUGUGUCGCCAUCUCAGUGUGUCUUCACUGUGAUUCUGUGCCUCAAUUUUCACAGCAUGGUAAUGUGAGGGUGAGAUCCAUAUCCUCCUUCCAGGACGGAGGCGGCUCUGCCCUCCCGUGGUGAUGGCAUUAAAGAUGUAGAACCAGCAGUGGCCGAGCAGUUUCCUCCCAGCACUGGCAGCUAAACAAGGAUUUGUUUAUGAACUAAAUACAUUUCUAAAGGUCUUCCCCUGUUCUCCCUCUGGGAGGACUGGAGCCUCGGAACUGUCUGUGUUUCCCUACA